AACAGGAAUAAGAAACGCAUUUUUUAUCUGAGUCUCAAUUCUUUAUAAUAGAAUUUAGAAAAUAUAGAUGGUUCUUUUAAAUAUUCUCAACUUAUUUACGUUUCGUAAAUAUUAAACUUGUGCCGAGAAAAAUGUUAUAAUGGCCACUUUUGAAAAUAGGUUGAGUCGUAGAAAAGGUAAACAUGGUGGCAAUACGUAUAGGUUAGACACUAAAAAUAAAACACCUGAAGAUAAUAUAACAGAAAUAAUACAAGGUCUGUACUCAAAGAAAUCUUUUCACAAUGAUACAUCACCCACAAACAAAAAUUUGCCUUCAGACUUUAGACUGGGCAGGCUAACACAGAAAAGUAGUUCUGACAGUUAUAGGUGGUCCUAUCUAGACGCAUUAGUCACCUUACUUAAUAAGGAAGACAGAAGUAAACUCGGAUUUACUUCUGAUGAGUUGAUGACAUGCAUCCGAAUAAGUCUUGUUGAUGAAUCUAUGGUCAUAAGAGCUGCUGCACUUAGAGUAUUACGAUAUUUAAUUAAAACAGAAAGUGAUGUUGCAACCUUUAAUACUUUGAAACUGCCAUAUCUAGUUAUCAGGUCUAUGGAUUUAAUGCUUCACAAUGAAGAGGAACGAGCACAAGCAUUAAAAGUAGUGAGACGUGUCAUUGCUGUCGUUGGUGCUAUUGAACAAGGCCAAAGGCGCUACCGUGCAGCAUACAUAGACCAAGGUCUGUUACGUUGUCUAGCAGCUGUUGCUCGAGCAGGUAGUGCUGGAGAUGGAAGUAGCAACAGAUUAUCAAGACCAGCUAUUGCGACUCUAGCUGAAAUAUGUGUUUUAAAUCCAGAUCUGUUUAUAUCAUGUGGAGGAGUAACUGCAGUAACAAGACAACUUGCAGAAUGUGCCACACCACGUAUGGCAGAGGCUUUAUGUGGUGUACUUUUGCAUACACUCAAUGAUCCAAAGUCACGAAGUGCUGCUAGAAUCGAUCUAACAUGUCUCAAUUCACCCUACUGUGAUUUUCAAUAUAAACCAGCAGGAACUGAUACCAGCAGAGACGAGCGCGAGAUGCGUUUCACGUGCAGCCGACUGGCGCUGCUAUGCGUGCUGCGCAGCUGGCCCGGCCUGCUGCACUUCUGCCAUCCGCGCAGCGCGGGCGGGCUGCGCGCUCUGGUCGCCGCGCUCUACCUGCCGCGGCUUGAGGUCCGAAAAGCAAUAUUGGAUUUACUAUAUGAAUUAGUUGGACUGCCACAACCAGAUUGGACUGAUGAAAUUUCGGUAGCAUUGGAUGCCGUUGACCCGUCUGAUUUUCAAGAUUCUUGGCGAUUGAAUGAAGGAUUUGUGGCAGCCGAAGGUACUGCCAUUUUACCGCACCUCGGUGCUACCGGCCCUGACAUAAUCGAAAAUCACCUCGCACUGUUACUACAAUGCUUUUUAGAGGCUGGUCUCCUAGACGGAUUGGCCGAAGUGAUAGUGACGAGCGACACAUUCAUAUCGGUCCGAGCGACCGUGCUCCUCGGUCAACUGUUGCAUUUGAUACACCUCUUCCUACCCCCUCAAAUAUGCAGCAUAACUCCGGCGCUACCGUCGCUUAUCUCGCAGGCGUCGGCCGGCAAGCCGCAGGCGUUGGCGGCAGUGGCCGCCCUGUGCCGACUGCACGCCACGCUCGAGGCGCGGCCCGCAAGCAACAGCCUGUUCCUCGACCACAUCGUGCAGUACUGCAGCGGCGCCUUCCGGACCAAGGUGGAAGACUUCUCGAAGAGCCGGAAGGAGAGAGACAACGCCGACAUGGCCAAACCGAAGUGCAACCGGGACUCAUCGCACGACGAAAACGGCGAGUAUCAGAACGAAUCGGACGUGGAGACGGAGCCUAAGCAGCGGCACAGCGUGGGCUCGCGCGCCGACGUGGCCGCGCGCAACGUGAGCGCGCUCGUCAAGAGCAAGAGCGUCAGCUCGCGCACCACGGCCGCCGUCAGCAAGGUCACCAAGUCGGCCAAAUUCUUCAGUCUCUUCGAGCGCGACUGUGACAGCCUGCUCAGGUCUUCGUUCGUGAUGCAGAACAAGGAUGGUAAUACCUGGAAUUGGGAAGUGAUACGAACUAUAUUAAAGGAAACCGACGGCACGCCGUUAUUAAAUUUGAGUGAUAGUGGACAUAAAGCAUGGGCCAGUCGCAUAAUAAACUAUUUAAAACCAUCUUCGAAUAAAUACUCUCAUACUGAUCUAUCCACAAUUGGUAAUGGACAUUCCGCCACUCGCGCUGGUUGUCAAUUAAUUAGAAAGCUACUGUGUCACAAUGAUGCUGAUUCACAAAGACUAUUGGAAGACCUAUUUAACGACGUCAGUCGACAGAUUGAGGCGAUUGAAACUGGUCGUAAGGCUCACGAGUGCCUCUUCAGUCCACAACACAUGUGCAACACUAUGUGUCAGAUGUACUUUUUGUUCAUUGGACAACUGUGUCAUUCUCAUACCGGACUGAGACUUUUUAAGAAGACGAGGCUUUAUGAAAAUCUCCUUGAAUUGUCAAUAAAAACUCAUCAUAGUUGUUACGUUAAAUUAGUGAUAUCGAGCUUAGACUACACAUUGGAUUCGAGUCCAAGAGAUAUUCUUGCCAAAACGCUAACAUGCAAUAUAUUAGCGUCGAGAUUGUACGCCACACAGUUCCUAAAUGUACUCCUACGAGCCUCGCGAAAAUCGAGAGAUUUAGUCAGAAAAAAAUCGAAGUUAAAAAAGAAUAUUGUACAGGAGCAAUGGAAGUUUACUUCUAGAGAUGAAACAGAUACGAACGGGCUAGAUAUGGAUACUUGGAUUCUGCAAAUGUUAGUCGGACAAAUCAAAGACGAAUCUAAAACUGUCGUGAAAUGCGCUCUGACCAUCUUAGAAGAAGCCUAUAGUGUACCAAUCUUCUUCGAGAAAUUAAUGACAAUGAAGGAUUCCCUGGGGCAGAACUGUCGGCUGGAUAGAACCGCCGAACCUUCGUCGUUAGAUUUCUCAGCUGUAGGCGACAGGGGCUACCUCCUGUGGCUGGGACUCGAAGUGGCCGCCGCCGCGCAAAAUACUGACGCAUAUUCUAUCGCUUUCGUCAAAAAACAUCUCGAUUUUUGGAACAAGUCAUACAAUUAUAGAUACGUGCGGCUGGUGGAGGCGGGCGUGCACGAGGCGCUGGCGCUGUCGGAGGGGGGGCGCCGGCCGCGCGCGGCGCGCCGCACGGCCCGCCCGCCGCCGCACGUGCUGGGCGCGCUGGCCGCGCUCGCGGCGCUGGCGCCCGCCGCCGGCGCGCUGCUGGCCGCCUGCCUGCCGCACCACUACAGGAUUCUGCAGAAGAAGAAAUGCGUCACCGAACAGGAAAUUGUCGAUCUGAAAGCGUCUCUGUGGGCAGUCGGAAAUACGGCGGUGACACCGCAGGGCUUGCAGCAACUGAUGAAUUUGAGUAACGGAUUUCUGGAAGACGCGGUUCCUGUGCACAUCGUGCGGCUGGCCAAAUACAGCCCCGUGUACUCAGUGCGAGCGACCGCCUUCUACGUCCUCGCACUAAUUGGUAGCACCUACGAUGGCGCAAAUCUGCUUGCUGAUUUAGGUUGGUUCUGCGUCAGACAUACUAGACACGAUCAAUUCCCCGUUAUUCCGGAUGAAAACUUCGUCCAGAUGAUGGAUCUUCAGGACAAUGGUCACGCUUUUAUCACUUCGCCCGACCGACGAUUUUUUGACAUCGAUUUGAGUGAACACUCCGAUCACACCGAUCAAAGUACUGCGGAAAGUUUACAUUCCGAGAUAACGAAGUUAAAUCGAACCAUUGGGUCGAUAUCUACCGAGCAAGACAAAGACCAAGAUGUGCUAGAUCCUAAAAUAAAUAUUUUCGAGCGCCGCGAUGCCGAUAAGAGGAAGUCGCACACACUCCCAACGCAAGGAUCAAGUUCACACGAACGUUCGCUAACCGAGUCUCGAACUGUAGAUAUUCUGAGAGACUGUUCGAGUUACGAACGCGGUCCUUACAGAUUGCACAUGGAAAAUAAAUAUACAAGGAAUUACUCACUGGAUCACUCGUAUGAAGGCCGAGAGAGACACACCAGUGAAUCGAGUACUAGUGGAGUGAGCAGUUGCGAUUCGUUCCUCGGGAAGUAUGUUAUCCCCGAGCGCGUGCCCAAGCUGAGCCCCAUCCCCAGCUCGUCCAGCCUGCACGGCGCGCGCAGCGGCGGCGCCACGCAGCGCGCGCGCCCGCCCGACGUGCGCCGCCGCACCUCCACCUCCAGUUUUACAACACCAGAAGUUGCCAGUUCACCUCCUACUCAGAUGGACCUGAGAGGAUAUGCCACACUGCAAACUCUUAAUAAACACAGAAGGCCGCAUCAUGUGUCAGAAAGUGAUGCAAUGAGUUCCAGCGAUGUCGAUGUUUUGAGCUGGUUGCCCUACGACUCCAAUCAACGUGCGAAGCCUUUUUCCUCGCUCCGAGAUAGAGCAAAGUCUAUUCGUGAGAGGAUGACUAAACUAAGCCUGCUGGAGUACGACUGGAAGCCGCUGUGGGCGGGCGAGGGCGCGGCGCGCGCGGCGGCGCCCAGCGCGCCCCCCCGCCCCGCGCCCGCCGCGCGCGCGCUCUACUACAUGGGCAUCUGCCUGCCCGCCAACCUGCUCGACCUCUUCCCCUUCGACAACGAAGAAAAAGAAGCAGAUGGUGACGAGGAUCAAUGUGGAAAUAGAGUGACGUCUUAUUUAGGAGAAUUUACGACUUUGGACAAUCGAUCACGCACGCCUGAUAGCCAUAACUUUGGCUUUCAUAAGAGUGCGGCCGCGCGCACGGCGACGCCGGCCGGGGGCAGCGCGGCCGAGCGCGCGGCGGCGCGGGAGGGCGGCGACGCGGGCGCGGCGUGGCGCCACGCGGCGGCGCACUGCCUCGCCUGCGUGCGCACGCGCCCGCCCUCCUCGCACGAGCUCCGAGAGGCCUUCUUCGCCGAGCCGACGUACGCCGAGGCGCGCGUGUCGAGCGAGGCGGGCAGUCCGCAGGCGCAGCUGCUUCGCCACGUGCUCUUUAUGUCUAACCCCAUACACCUGAAGCAGGCACGUUCUGCGUUGCUGUCUCUCAAGCAAAGACACCCUGAUGUGUUUCGUAGCCCUUGCGUGUACUCCGACGUGUGCGCUCUUCUGUCAAGGGACACGUACAUGCUGUACUCGCGUAGAAUUCUACAAGAACUGUUCCUAGACACGAACUUCGACUGCUUCUUCGAUGAGCCAGCCGCUAUACUUUCGCGGCAUAACAAUAUAACCUCUAGUUUACCACCGACUGUCGAAAUGACGCAAUAGUAUUCAUUAUUUAUCAUUUCUCUUACGGAAAUCAUCGUCAUCAUCGUCAGCAGCAACAAUAUAAUGUCGUAAAAAUGUUGAAUUAUUUAUUAUGAGAUUGUACGAGUAAGGUUUCUAUUGUUAAUAAUUAAUAAUAAUCAUAUCUCUUAGAAAUUAAGGAUCGAAAAUCGAACCUUAAUUUUUCGGUUCGUGGCUGACUGUAUGAUUAAUUAAAUUUACUACGCAAAGUUGCUUAACACGGUGAGGCCUUUAUCUUGAAAGUUAAUUUGUGGGGUUAGUAUUAUUCAUUUAAAACGUAUUCUUUAUUCUGAAUUAUUUACAAUAUAUAAAUAUUUGAACACCGAAAAUUCAGAAGAAGAGUGAAAUAAAAAACAAGAAUAUAUCGAAUAAAAUAAAAUGAUAAACCGAGAGGUACUUUCGUAAGAAAUAUGAAAUUCUUAAAUAUUGAAAUGUAUUUAUUUGCCAGAAUCUCAGCUUUGUUAUUAUUCUGAUAUAUUGCUUUAUUUGUAAUAGACUUAAUAAUAUAUUGCCAAAUAACUAAUGAUUGCCAGAAAUAUAAUUCUUAAUACUUUUAAGAGAAUAUUGAACAAACCAUUUGUAUAUAAACUUCCGACUUUUAAUCACGGCAUUGAUAAAUAAUUACAGUCCAUUACUGAGCAUAUAUAUUAACAAAUAGCAUUAAAAUUAUGAACAUAAAUUAUCAACAUUCCCAAAAUUAUUAUUGUAUUUCUCGAAGUAUACUUAUAUAGAUGUAGGAUAAUAAUAGUCUAGAUCCACAUAUGAAUAUUCACGAAUCCCUAUUCAAAAGACACGUCGUAGUUGAGAAAUAGGGUAUCGAGCAUAAAUAUCAUAAUUAAAAAAAAAUUAAAAAUAGACUAUAAAAUGUAUUAGAAGCUUUCGAAAAAUCGGUUUAAUGUAAUUAUUUUGCUGUUCCACUCAACCAUGACAGGCAGACCAGGCAAAAAGUGUAAUCAUUAAUUUGUUACUAAUAUAUGUAGCAUAUUCCAAUGUCAGAAGGAGAUAGAUAACGAUAAUUACACUUACAUAUUCGAUUUGCUAAAAGCCAUGCUAUAUAACCCUUUACUUAUAAUACAACACUAUUCCACUUAACUAUUUAUAUCCAAUUUAGCUUUCCUUCCAAAAUUCCAAUGACAACUCCACCGACAUUCAUCGAAUCCAUAACGAAUACCAUACAUUAUUUUAGACCAAUGACGGCAUGUCAAUUCAAGGUCAAAUUUGUUUAUUUGUCUACUGCCAUUGGAGUGGCCUCUAGUGACAUGUCCCUUCCCCAUAUGACUACCUCGUGUUUUAGAUAUAAACUAUGUGUGAAUAGCUGCUCGUAAUAUUUUAUUUUAAAUAAUGGAGUUUAGUUGCCUGACACGUUGCGUUCGUAGUUUUUGUGCGUUCAUUUGUAUGUAAAUUGAACAAACAAAUUUGUUUGCUCUACAAAUUAACACACAAGCAAGUGUAGCUAGUAGUAUUUUGUUCCUGGGAGUACAUAUAUACAUAUGUAGCACCCCUAUUUAUAUUUAAUUAAGAGGUUCUGUAUAUUUAUUAUAAAAAGAAACGUGUGGAAUGUAGAUGCAGGUAUUCGUUUAAUAAUUGAUUUUCUAUUGUAUAAAGUUUGUGUGAUUAUUUUUCAUGUUAUCUCUAUUCUGUAGAUAUGCAAAGCCUAUAACAAAAAUUGUCAAUUAAAUGUUCGAUCGCUAAGAGAAUGCGUGACAAGUUCCUGAUCGGAUGGACGACGUAACUGUGAAGUGUCGAAGAACUCACGAUAACAAUAUUAUCAUCCUUUAUUUGUCCUACUAACGAAUAAUACAAUUUAAAGUUAUUGGUUUUACCUGUUAAUAUUGUUUAGGGUGUGCUUCUUACGAAUUUCCAAUCAAUGAUGAAAGAAAAUUCGCGUUUAACUAAACAUCCGGUAAAUAAUGUUUAUAAGUUAUGUCAAUGUCGUUAUAUCAACUUUUAAAUGGUUAUUUGAACUAUGAAUUUCUGUAUUCUAUCACUAGUCAUGACCAAUUAAUGAUAAACGCCAGAAAAGCAUUCUCCUAGCCGACGGGCCUUAGUAGUCAUCAAUUUCAUUUAUAUUCUUCGUAUAUCUUGUAUGUAUUUGUUUCGAGUUUACGUUAAAUACACCAUUUAACUUACUAAGAAUUAGUUCAAUUUUAAAUUGAUUAGAAUUGAACCAUUUUUUUUUUGGUAUAUAUGUAUGAAAUUAUUGCCCUAAUUCAAUAGAUUGUGUACAAAAUAUUUAACAACUGAAAAUGUUUUUGUAAUCAAUUUCUAAUAAUUAUAUAUUAUUUUUAUGCCAAAUCACGAACAGAUUUUUAAACACAUCUUUAAGUUGAUUUGGAUUUUGUUUUGAAAAAUUUUGUACAAAAUCUAAUAAUAUAGACUACAUUAAAAUCUCAAUACACUAAGUAUCGCUCCAGUUUCCUAUUUUUAUAUGUAAAAUUAAUAUAUAUUACCGCUGUUCAUUUGAAACACUGCCAAUGUUUGAACCUAACCCAACUGCCCAUUACUAAGUUUUUUGUAUUUUUUUAUAUACAUUUGUAAAAUUAUUUUACCGUAUUAAUUGAAAUGUGUUCGUUUAUAUCGAAAUAAUUUUAAAAAUGUGCUAGCCCUUGACAAUUUUUGAUUUUUUAUGUAUCUAAUUAUCGUGAAGAUAUUUAACGUCUAAAUUGUGUGCUACAAUAUUGAUAAAGAAUAUCCAAUGAACACAAUGAUCAUAAAAAUAAGACAAAUUUCACAUAUAAUUUCUUAACAUGUAAGCGAUAGCGACUAUUGAACUAUUUUAUUUAUGCGACUAUCAAAUUAGUUUAAUUGAUGACAAUUAAAUUCACCUCUGCCUAUUCUAGUGAUGUAUCCCACCUAUAGUCAAAAAAUGACUCCAAUAUUAUAUGCAACUCGUAGUUAAUACACCGCUGUGUUCAAACAUUUAGCGAAUCUUAUAUUUGCAUUUGUCUUGCUUCAUUCGUUGUUGAACUAAAAUAUAUACAGUUUAUGUUAUGAUAUUACAAAUAAAUGAUUUAAACGUGUAGGGUGUCACUUAUUUACAAUACAUAUUUGUUAAUAACUUGUUAUCGUCUCAAUAUUAUAAUGUAUAGAUUAAGUUAUCUUUUCCUUUAGAUGUAUUUGUUAAAUUAUGAUUUAUUUUAUUUAAGGUUCUCAAAGAUAAACUACAGUAUUCCUAUAAACAUUUAGCCUAUCUUCUGUUGUAGUUAGACUUCUCGACAUCUGCAUUUAUAUUAUAUAGUUUUAGGUGUUUCUUUUUAGAUAUCAUAAAGUAAAAGUGAAAUAUGAUCAGUUGUUCCGUCGAUAAGGCUAGUCUAUAUGAGGUAUACGAUGCCGCGAUUAUUUUAAAGACAAUAGAAAAAGUUAUUAUUUGAGGAAGAUUUUCUUAAAGUUGCUAUAUAAUGUAGAUAAAAUCCUUUUUCAUUCAUAUUAUAUCUAAAACAUUGCUAAAUAUUAAAAAAAAAUAACGAAAUAUAGUGCCAUUGAGCCAGUUCCUUGACUACUAAUUACAUUUUCAUUAUAUUUAACAUAUUGUAACAGA